AUGCCGUCACGCUCACAUCUGUGUACUUCAUCCCUGGGUCCCAGCGACUCUAUUUCGCGAUCGGGUACCACUUUGGGGAUUGACGUAGAUGACGAGGGCGAAGACUUACGGGCCGCUUACAGUGUCUACCUGUCCCAGGGCGACCUUGUUGAGAAACCCCCAAGCCUGCCGGACACCGUGCUCUGGACAUUCAAAUCUGCCCAAGAAGCGGGGUCGGCAGCUGGUCUCAGCGCCACUAACUCCUACCGCCCGUCGUUCAACAAAGCCCUUAGGGACUCCAAAGGCCAGACAUUGGAUGCGGACUUAGUCAAGCUUAUCAAGAGGACCGCCGCCACUUUGGCCAGUCGAAUUCUUGCACGCCACCCGAUAGACAAGGUCGCAGUCAACGUUAGGCAUAUCUGGGAGUAUUACCGAAGCAGGUGCCCGUGGCUCUGGUAUGGCUCCAUCGUAUUGCUUGAGCAGCGGCACAAGGAAGUAGGUCUCUGUUCCGCUCACUGGAAGGCAGACCAUCUGCUCGGACAGUCUGUCCUAGGUCUCAGGCAGAAGGCGGCCAAUGCAACGAAAAAGCAGUCCACUGGCGAGCUCGCUAGCAUCCUCGGUAGCGACGACGAACAAACUCUUGACGUCGUUUUCAUCUCGCCCAAGAAAGCCAAACGGCCCGCAAACCCUCUCUCGCCAUCGAAAUCAGGCCCCUCAAAGCGAGGUCGAACCGAAGCCUCCAAGCAGAAGCCCCCCAAGUUGAUGUUCAAACAGCCCGCCAGGCCAUUGCACAUGGCUACCGUCACCACCGCACCAGCAAUGCAAGGCAGCCCGCCCGCCUCUCCCUCUCGUGCCACCUCUCCCUCUCGCGCCGCCUCUCCCUCUCGCGCCGCCUCUCCCUCUUGCGCCGCCUCUCCCUCUCGCGCCGCCUCGCCCGCCUCGACUGAGAAUCAAAGUUCGAUGGGCAUGUUAGGCACAAAUACGGCAACGUCGCCACCAUCGUCUCUAGUUGACGGCCCUCUCUCCUCCCAUGUGUCCUCUGCCAAGGGCUCCCUGUCCAUGAUAUCAACGGAUGAUGGCUUUGAAAAUCUUCGUCGAACCCUCCAAAGCCCUCAAUUCAAAUUUCCUGCCGAUGUAAUUGAUCCUGCAAUGGAACUUUUGGCCGGAAUGGAACAAUCGCCCACGCACGGCGGCCAUGGCUUUCCGUCGAGUAACACGAUUGCCCUCUUGAAGCGGGUCCAGACUGCAGAUCCCGCCUAUAUCGAGAACGAAGAUGAUUUACUAGCAUCCUGGGGACACUGGCAGUGGUCGGGUGGAGAUCUCACCAUCAGCGGCGCCAUCACUUCAUGGCAGGAUGUCGGCAGUACAGAGACGGCCCGCGAGCUCAUUGCCGCUGCGCUAACAACCUGCAAAGCUGCCCGUUAUCUAUGUUUGAGUGUCAGUCCAAGACCUCAGAGCUAUCUCAGUGAUAGCUACUUGGACCGGAUAAUAUCGACGCUCUACGAUGUUUGGAAGCAAUCGGGAGGGCCCUUCCCCAAAGGCAAGGCUCGGGCAGCCAUGGUAGACCCCGCACAACCCAUGGCCAUCGAGCCUGCGCAACCUACUGCCGCAGGUACUGGUAAUGAUGGCUCUGGUGACGGGAUGGGGCCCUUGGCAGAAGAUGAUGACACUCAGCUCGCGGACGACGCUUCGAAGCAAUUGCAGGCCGACGUUGAUAGUUUACUUCAAAGUAAACUAAUGGCGCUUACUGUCAAUGAGCUCAAGACUUUGGUUGCGAAGAAACAGAUCCCCAACGUCAGCAAGCUGAACAAGGCAACAUGUGUAUCCUCCCUUGUGGCGCUCCAGCAAUCUGCUCGUCCAACAAUCACUGAUCUUGACGAAAUUCUUGCAAAGCGUGGUCCCAAGAAGUCCAAGUCCAAAUCCGCCAAAUCCGCCGCCAAUCAGCCUGCCGCCGCCCCGCCGAGUUCUUCUGCCGAUGUGUCGCAAGACCUCACGCAAGUACCCCGUAUCAUCGCUAGCACCGCCAGCUUGGGCUCUUAA